CUCUCGACCACAACACUAGUUGAAAUCUCAGAUGACGGAAUACAAAAAUUUUAAUUGUAUUCAUCGGAUUAUUUGUUUCAACUAAAGUAAUUGCUGUCGGAGUUUGUAAAUUUACCGUGUUUAAUUUAAAAUGGGUGACGGACAAAGUGAAAAUCAGCCUUUGCUGCGAGAUGAGGAGGUGAAUGUCAGCACAAUAUCUCCAAUUGGACCAGACGAAUUGCCUCCGCCGUAUCUGCAGCAAGGGACGCCCAUGGUGACAUGCCGAGUAUGUCAGGCUAUGAUAGACAUCUCCGGGAAGAAAGAACAACAUGUAGUUAAAUGCUCUGAUUGUAACGAAGCUACGCCUAUAAGGAAUGCUCCCCCAGGGAAAAAAUAUGUUCGUUGUCCAUGUAAUUGCCUGCUAAUUUGCAAGUCUUCUUCUCAACGAAUUGCAUGCCCUCGACCAGACUGCAAGAGGAUUAUCAACCUUGCGCCAUCGCCUGUAACACCACCAGUACCGACCUUGCCUGGCAUGUGCAGAGUCAUCUGUGCUCACUGCCAAGACACUUUUCUGUAUCAGCUGCUGAAGAACGCACCGGUGCGGUGCCCGCACUGCCGCAAGGUGUCGUCGGUGGGGUCGCGGGUGGCGCGCGUCAAGGGCACAAUAUUCGCGGUGCUCGCGCUCAUCUUCCUCGCCAUCGCCAUCGGCGUCACGCUCGGGACGCUCUCGGCCGCCAAGUCGCACGGCGGCGGCGUCUACGUCGCCUACGUCGGAGCAUUCCUCGUCGCAUUCCUCCUCGGCAGCCGCGCCGUCUACUACUUCGCGAUGAAAGUGAGUACGAUCGAGGGCCCCAUGUAAACUAUUACCGACAUAGUUUGUGAUAAAAUUUGUAUGACUAGAAAAUAUAAAAGGUUUCUCGAUUCCAUAUUGUAACCAGCGUUAUUAUGUAGUUUGGUUUUAUACUGUAUUAAUGUAUAAUUUAACCAAUACAGUGACGGGUGGUGAGUUAAUAUUUCAAAUAUUAUUAUUAUAGGAAUGUAUUGAUCGACAGCCACUACGAUAGAAUAUAUUCAUAGCUUCUAAGUUGUUGACUUGAUCACCUAAAUUCAGCAAAGUUAUCAUUGUCGGUUACUGUAUCCCACCUGUAUAUCUGGUUCAUGGAUCUUAAUUUGUCAUAUUUCAAAAUGUAGUUCUGUAUUUUUAAAUGCCAUGACACAAUAAUUUAUGAGUGUCGCUUAUCGUGCAUGGUGAUCGUAUUUUAAUGCGUUAAUUACAAUACCACAUACUAUCAAGCAAUCACAAAUCAUGUAUGUUGUUGACAUAGGCAGCAAUAAAUUUUCAAUAGAUUUUCUAGGACAAUAAUUUAUCUGCUUUACAGGCAGUGAAUAAUAUAAUAUAGCCAUUAUAUGACUUUAGGUGCGAGUUGAUAGCCGAUUGCAGACCAUAACUGCAGGCCUCUUUUAUGUAUUCUAAUUCCGAAAUUGAAUAAAAAGAAGUAAAAGAAUAUUGCAUUAGAUAAGACAACGCAAAGCAAAAAUAGACUAUAAAACACGAAUAAACGAAUACAUAUUAUGUCGAUGACUGUGUGUAUGAAUUCUUUAAUAGAUAAUACUAAUGUUGAUAAUUUUCCAUUCAUACGAAAUUACUUAUAUCGCGGUAUAUUAACAUCAGUGGCCAUUGAGGUCAGUCCGCGCAGUUGUAAGGAUUUAAAGACAGCUAUGGGUGAUAGUAGUCUACAUACGGUUUUCAAUUCACACCUCAAUUUCAAUUAACGAUAAACAUUUGAAAAAAAUCUCUAGUGUAUCCAUUUUAAGCUCUACAAAAUCGUAUAGUUUGUUGUUUGAUUGGUUGAGUAUAGUGUGAAUAUUGAAAAAAUCACCAAUUUAUAUUAAAAGUUUGUUUGAAUUAUAGUAAUAUUAUUAUUAAUAAUUACCAUAAUUUAGCUAAAUUUAAACAUGUUGCAUCAAUUGUUACACUCAUAUGCGAUCUCAUUGCUAAUUAAUAAAAUAUGGAGAGUUAAAAUAUCGUAUCAAAAAACGCUAUUAUUAACGACCUCAGUCGCGAAACUUUGGUCGCUCUGAAUGAUAUAGAGAUGGUGUGAUAUUAAUGACGGGUUUCCUUCGUUACAUACUGCGCUAGCUAGGUCAAAUUAAUUAAAAUAACCAAGCAUAGUGAAUUGGAGGAUUAUACGAAUCAUUAAAAUACUCCUGCACCGUUUUCGACUAUAGUAUAAUAUUGUGUUAUAGUAUAAUAUUAUUAGCAAUGAGAUUAUUAAAUAAAUUGAAAGGUAUUUCUUGUGAUUGUGUGCUUAUACAUGUAAUUCGAUUAUUUAUUUCAGUACCUCUAGCAUGAACAACUUUCGUCUUCGAAUCGUUUGCGUACUGGAUAAAAUUCGAUACUCAAUCUUCGAAUUAAACGAUAAAGUGACAAUUUUCAUUCUCAAAAUAAGUUUUGUGCAACCACAUCUCAUACUAAGUUCACUUUACGACACGUUCACAAGGGCGCUGUUGUAGUUUUCAUACUAAAUCUUUUGAUGGCGUUUCGAGUACGCAAACUAUUUGAACUCGAAAGUUUUUCGUGCUAGCCGUACAGGGUUUAAACCAUUGGGCGGUGUUAAAUGAAAUUACCAAUCCAAUUACUCUAUUUUGUAUUUUGUGACAUGAAAAUAAGUUCUGAAUUGCUAUGACAUCUGUUGAGUUCUCUCACAUUGAUUUGUCAUUCAUCCUUCACCAAACACGACAAUCAUUAAAGUGAACGCACUCGAACCUGCACUGAACGAACCGAAAGAAUUAGCCAAUUACCGAUGUGACGUGUGAGCGUGAGCCUUGGUCCAAGGCGUGAGCCUGUUGCGGUGAAGUGUGCGUUUACCUUUAGAUAGGUUCAUAUUAACGCAUUCACAAAUAGCAUGGAAGAAAGACUGACUCUUGACGGAUUUAUACGGAUGCACCUUUUCAAAACGAUUAUUCAUUGAAUAUAUUAUUUUCCUGUAUAUUCAAAUCAUGUCCUUUUGCUUUUGUAUUAUUGUUAACAAUUAUAAACAUUUCGAAUCAUUGAUGAUAGUGUAUGCAAUUAUUUAAUGUUAAUUAUUUUACGAUAUAAAUAACAAUUCAUUUUGCAUGCAUUAUUCGACUUGGUUUUUUAAUAGAGCCCUCAUUUUAACUUUACUUACUGUUAAUAAAAUUGUAUUUAAUCUACUGUAAAGACGAUACGAAUAGUUUUUUUAAUAGGUACACACAACAACACAUGAAACGUUACACGUUGAUCUUAUUAGCACCCAAAAUACUAAAAAAUAAUAAUACAUUGGCAUGGUAACUGUUACGAUUGAUGUGUCGUCGAGUGUACAUUAUUAUAUUCAUAUUUGACUACGAAUAUUUAGUCAAAAAGUAGAUUACUACCUUGCUUGCUACUCUGCCUACCUAGCUCCAUGCUGGGUCUUGUUAUAUUUGUUAUUAUUUUAUCGAAAUGGCUAGCCUUACCUCCUUGUAAUCUUAUACGAUUACAAUAAAAAUGCAGGAACUGUGUUUAAUGAUGUUCUCGUCGUUUUACGUUAUUAGGUAUGUAACAUAAAAAGCGUAUUCAGAAUGAAAGCUCCUUCCUGUGAAUUUCUACUUUGCCAAUCACCACAUAAAGUUGUAAGCCAAAACACGCUGGUACAGUAAGUGUCCGCUAGCGGAUCUUCGAGAAGCGUACAUAGUAACUCGAACAUUACAAAAAUUCCCAUAAGGCUCUAGAUUCCGCCUCAGUGUGUUAUAAGCUUAAGAUACUUUACAGACGCGCUAUGCUAACGGACGAGCUAUGCCUCGGAUACUUGUAUAAUCUGAACCUUUUUAGCUGAUCUUGAUUGUGACCGCGAUCAAACCUUUUUGGAGUUUUAGAAAAUCUUGCAGUUAUUUGCUUUUUAUCAACCUAAAAAAGACUCGAAGAGAUUUUACCGCGGUCAUAAUGUAAAGCAUCGACCGCUUACAGGCCAUUAUGAAAAUAUACAUCUUGAUUAUUGGACUGGUAAGGCUAGCAGACUUUUAUUUGUUUUUGAUGUGAUAUUAUGCUUUAUUCUUAUAGUCAAACUAUAAAUUCAAACAUUAUGUGGAUUAAGACUUAGAAUUAUUUGAGCAUUCUGUUUUUAUAUAAAAAUUUAAGUAGGAUUUUCUGUAUUACCAUUAUUUUCAUAAAAUGUUAGGGCUUUAACCAUGUAUUUUUAGUUGUAAGUUAAAUAAAUGGUACCUAUUGAAAUGA